GAGUGAUGACAUUGACCUAGUCGCCGCCAUGGAGCUCUCACCCUUUUCAUGGUGGGCCAAGCUUCUCCAGCGGUCCCGCCAAGACUUGCACAAGCCUGAGAAGGCGGCGAACGGUGAUCUCCACGAGCCGAGGCGCGGCAAGGGUCAGGAGAUUGGCGCGCAGGCCAUACCAACAUCUCCUGCGGUGGGUCUUCCGCUCACACAGGCGGUUGAAGGCCCUGUGGUGCCCAUGAAGGGCAUCCCUGUGUCCUUACCUGUUGCAGCCUCCCAGUUGGUCAACUGCCCCAGCUGCGGGGCGCCUUGCCAUGUUGGAGCAAAUUUCUGCUCCAACUGUGGAAAGAGACUGGGACUGGUGGCCGUGGCAGGUGCUCCUCGAACUGUGAGCCCCAGCCAUCAACCACCGCGAUGGGCUCGCUCCGUCUCACCGCCGACACGCGCAGGUUGGGCUCCUUGCUCCAAAGCAUCCCUGCCCGUGUCUCCGGCACCCGUUGCGCUGCAGGCACCUAUUGUGGUCUCAGCGCCCAUGCCAUUGCGAGCUCCGGUUCUUGGCUUCGAGCCUGUUACGCAGGGCUUUGUGCAGAGGCCUCCCGUGCCCAUGCGCACCACCCUUCCGGCACCUGCCCCGAAGCAGUGGGAGCCGCCGGCGCAGGUCGGGCGUCACACGUUCAAUGGAGCCCAUGCCGGCCAUGUUUUUGCCCUCCCCGGGCCUGGUGCGCCGCGAGCAACUCAG